CUAUGGUUAUUGGUUAUUAGUGGUACAUAUAGUCCAUACUUAUAUUAUUAUUUUUUUAUUGCGACUUUGUGAGCCACGAUGACAGAGCCUAAGAGAAUUCUGCAGUUGACAUGUACUUGACUUUUCUGUCAUGAUUGUUAGAUAGUGUGCUUUUUGCAUCCAUUCAAUUUAUCGAAAAUUGAUGGCAAAGUCAGUGCCAUUAACAAUUAAACAAAAUGAACGUCAUUACCGCAAUAAAAUAUUAUAUCGAGAAGAUGACGGAGGAGAGUGGUCCAGGCAUGAAAGUCCUUUUGAUGGAUAAACAAACGACCAGCAUUAUUAGUUUAGUCUACAGUCAAUCAGAAAUAUUAAUGAAAGAAGUGUAUUUAUUUGACCGAAUAGAUGCUGCGGUGCGCAGUGAAGGUUUAAAACACUUGAAGUGCAUUGUUUUUGUCAGGCCCACUGAAGAAAAUGUUCAACUUUUGUGUAACGAACUUAGAUAUCCAAAAUAUGGGGUUUACUAUAUCUAUUUCAGUAACAUUAUACCAAAAACAGAUAUUAAAUCAUUAGCUGAGAAUGAUGAACAAGAAGUUGUUCGUGAAGUUCAUGAAUUCUAUGCUGAUUACUUGGCAAUCAGUCCGCAUUUAUUUUCACUUGGUAUUAACACAUGCUCCAAGGGACUCCAUUGGGAACCUGCGAGUUUACAAAGAACUGUGCAAGGAAUAACAGCUGUUUUAUUGUCACUGAAAAAAUGCCCUCUUAUUCGUUACCAAAACAAUUCUGACAUGAGCAAGCAUUUGGCUGAAAAAAUUCGUUACGUUUUGACGAAAGAAUCUAACUCUUUCGAAUUUAGACAAGAAUCAAAUCCAAUUUUACUAAUACUGGAUAGACGAGACGACCCAGUCACUCCUCUAUUGAACCAAUGGACUUAUCAGGCAAUGGUUCAUGAAUUAAUGACAAUUAAUAAUAAUAGAGUGGACUUAUCUCAGGUCAAAGGUAUAUCCAAGGAGUUAAAGGAAGUUGUGCUUAGUGCACAACAUGAUGAAUUUUAUGCCAAUAAUUUGUAUCUUAACUUUGGAGAAAUCGGUCAAGUUAUUAAAGAUUUGAUGGAAGAGUUCCAAAAGAAAGCCAAGAAACAUCAAAAAGUAGAAAGCAUUGCUGAUAUGAAGAACUUUGUUGAGACUUACCCUCUUUUUAAGAAAAUGUCUGGCACAGUGGCAAAACAUGUGACAGUUGUGGGUGAACUUUCUAAUCUUGUUGGAAAUCAUGCUCUGUUAGAAGUGUCUGAACUAGAACAAGAACUUUGUUGUCAAAGCGAACAUUCUAGCCAACUACAAAAAAUUAAGAAACUUAUUAAUGACAGUCGAGUUCGUGACAUUGAUGCAACUCGUUUAGUUAUGUUGUAUGCUCUACAUUAUGCUAAGCACACUAACAAUGACAUUGCUGGGCUAUGUUCAAUGCUAAAGAAAAGAAAUGUUUCCGACAAAUAUACAAAGCUUGCUCAUAGUAUUUUGGAUUACAGUGAUAUCUCCACGAAACAAAUAAAUUUAUUUGAUCGUGAAGCUGUGGCAAAGAUGACAAAAAAAUUGUUUAAAGGGCUGAAUGGCAUUGACAAUAUUUACACUCAACAUACACCCUUGCUGUCAGAAACUGUAGAAGAUCUUGUCAAAGGGAAAUUGAACCUUCAAACUUUCCCAUACCUUGGGAACACAGUAUUGACUAAAAAGCCUCAAGAUAUCAUAGUUUUUAUGAUAGGUGGUGCGACUUAUGAAGAAAGUCUAGCGGUUUAUAAUUUAAACAAACAAAAUCCUGGAACUAGAAUAAUUUUGGGUGGCACGACUGUCCAUAACUUUGAAAGCUUUUGUGAAGAAAUUCAAUCUGCAAUGGUCGGCGUUGUAUCAAGGUAUAGGUCCAGAAGUGUUAGAGAACGAAUUGAACGCGAUCGAGAUUAAAUAAAAAAUUAUUUAUUGCUUUUCGUGUAUAUCUUCUAAGGAAGAAUUGUUUUAACACUGUGCAAUCAUUAAAAUCACAUA